GAAGGAAGAUUAUCUCUAGGCACAGUUCAAAACUGACCCUCGGUUGGGAUUGGGAAGAGAGCUAUAAAUGCGACGGAGGCCGCUCGAUGCGCUGACCAGGUGCACCGAAGCUAACAGCAGCGAGCGCGUCGCGACCGAGGGAAGUGGAUCUAGCUAGCGAGGAGCGCGCGGCCGCGGCGACCGAGUCCCGAUCGAACGGAGCGGGGAGCCCCACGUAAGCCGCCCCCUCGGGAAUGGACGGACGACACUAGGCGGAGACGGCAGAAGGUUGGUGGGGGAGGGAGGGAGGGAGAGAGUUUUCCGCCGGAGCAUUUCGUCGAGCACCUCGGCGACGGAGCCGCGGAGAAUAAAAAAUGUGGAGGAGAUGGUUGGGCUGUAACCAUCAGCUGAGGCUGAGCGCCUUGGGCCCGCCGCCUUCUUCGGCUGGGGAGGGGGAUCCCAUAUCGUUCGCGGAGGCUAAGAGGUUGAUGCGGCUGGUGAACGUGGAGGCGCUGAAGAAGAACCUGGGGACGGAGGAUAAGGAGGUGAUCUUGUACCGGGAGCUGCUCGAGGCCUGCCAGAGCAUCGGGCUCGCCAAGACCCCCGAGGAGGCCGUCGCCUUCGCCGAGGUCCUCGACCAAGCCGGGGUCGUCCUUCUCUUCCGGGACAAGGUUUAUCUUCACCCCGAUAAGGUAGUGGAUCUGGUAAGAAGAGCUGUGCCCAUUGCUCUAAUGCCUGACGACGACCCCUCGAGGGAUGAGCUGAAGAAACUUCAGGCGAAAAAGGAAGAAAUCGAUCUCUUGGCACACAAGCAAGUCCGCCGCAUCCUGUGGACAGGGCUGGGUUUGUCUGUGUUUCAGGUCGGGCUUUUCUUUCGGCUAACGUUUUGGGAGUUCUCCUGGGAUGUCAUGGAACCUAUUGCAUUUUUCACUACAACCACUAGCAUAGUACUAGGCUAUGCAUAUUUCCUCUUCACGUCCAGAGACCCUACUUACCAAGACCUAAUGAAGAGGCUUUACCUCAGACGGCAAAAGAAGCUGUUCAAAAAAUACAGUUUCGACGUCGAUAGAUUCGUGGAAUUGCAGAAGAAGUGCAGAUCGCCUCUCGACGCCAGCACCUCCAUUAAGAACCGUGUAGGCGUGGAUCUGGACUUGGAAGAUGCCUUGCGCUGAAAGGUUUUUGUUUUCAGCCAAGGCCUCGCGUUAAAAGUUAAGGUUCUCUUUUUUGGGUACUAACAUGCUUUGAAUUUCUCAGCUGUAAAACUUCACUUUUCCGGCUCAUCCUGCUGGUAUUCAUAAAGAAACAAAAAAAUAUAUAUCCAGUUAGGAAGGUUAGGAAGCAUUGAUAAGGCAA